AUGUCGGCUCAGCAAGCCGUGCAAGAGUCUAGUUGCCAAUGCGGGCAGCAAUCUCCAGCCUUGGCAGCGUUCAACACGGUCCCUACAGGUGGGGGGCACACUCCGGCCGGCCCAUGGGUCGCACCGGAGGUCUGGGGAAGCAGUCAGGAGAAGCCAUUCAACGACAAAGCAGACGUGUGGGCUCUCGCGGUCUCGUGGAUAUACGCCUUCAGGGCGGACUACACCCCGCAACAGCCGGGCACUUUGGAUGAUGACCCGCUGCAGCCGGCCAAGGUCGACCGGAGGCCAGAACAUGGGCUCUUGUGUGGGGUCGUGAAACAGAUCCUAUUGGAAGACAGGAUCACGCAGCCUUUCUGUCAUCUCUUGUUGUCGAUGUUGUCGUGGGACUCGGCCGCUCGACCAAGCGCGGCGGAGGCCCUCUGCCACCUGGCCUGGGAACCAUUGAGGAUCAGGAAGGAGCUAGAAAGAGAAGACAGGAUCAGGACGCCUAGCGAGGGCGCAAAGAAAGUUAGGCUGCUCUCGCCCGAGGACCUAUAG